AUGGCUCAGCACUUCUCCCUGGCCGCCUGCGACGUGGUCGGCUUCGACCUGGACCACACUCUGUGUCGCUACAACCUGCCUGAGAGCGCCCGCCUCAUUUAUAAUAGCUUUGCUCAGUUCCUGGUCAAGGAGAAAGGGUAUGACAAGGAAUUGCUCACUGUGACUCCAGAGGGUUGGGAUUUCUGUUGCAAGGGCUUGGCAUUGGAUCUGGAAGACGGGAAGUUCAUUAAACUUGCAGAUAUGAAUGGCACCGUGCUCAGGGCAAGACACGGCACAAAGAUGCUGGCUCCGGAGGUGCUGGCGGAGGCGUACGGCAGGAAGGGGUGGAAGCGCUUCAUGCCAGACUCGGGAAUGGCCUGCCGGUCAGGAAAAUAUUAUUUUUAUGAUAACUACUUUGACCUGCCUGGAGCUCUUCUGUGUGCCAGAGUGGUGGACUCUUUAACAAAGCAGAACAAUGGUCAAAAACCAUUUGAUUUUUGGAAGGACAUAGUGGCUGGUAUACAACAUAAUUAUAAAAUGUCAGCUUUUAAAGAAAACUGUGGAAUAUAUUUUCCAGAAAUAAAAAGAGAUCCAGGCAGGUAUUUACACACUUGUCCGGAAUCUGUUAAAAAGUGGCUUCGACAGUUAAAAAAUGCUGGGAAAAUUCUUAUGUUAAUUACCAGUUCUCACAGUGAUUACUGUAGACUCCUCUGUGAAUAUAUCCUUGGGAACGAUUUUGAAUAUCUUUUUGACAUUGUGAUUACAAAUGCAUUGAAGCCUGGUUUCUUCUCCCAUUUACCAAGUCAGAGGCCUUUCCGGACACUUGAGAAUGAUGAGGAGCAGGAGGCACUGCCAUCUCUGGAUAAACCUGGCUGGUACUCCCAAGGGAACGCUGUCCACCUUUAUGAACUUCUGAAGAAAAUGACUGGCAAACCUGAACCCAAGGUUGUUUACUUUGGGGACAGCAUGCAUUCAGAUAUUUUCCCAGCCUGUCAUUAUAGUAAUUGGGAGACAGUCCUCAUCCUGGAAGAGCUCAGAGGGGACAGAGACGGGAAGCCUGAGGACUGAGAGCCUCUAGAGAAGAAAGGAAAAUAUGAGGGACUGAAGGCAAAGCCUCUAAAUAGAUUAUCUAAAAAAUGGGGCUCUUUUUUUAUUGAUUCAGUUUCCGGACUGGAAAAUACAGAAGAUUCCUUGGUUUAUACAUGGUCUUGUAAGAGAAUCAGUGCUUACAGCACUAUUGCAAUUCCAAGUAUUGAAGCAAUAGCAGAAUUACCCCUGGACUACAAAUUUACAUGUUUCUCUUCAAACAAUUCAAAAACGGCAGGCUAUUAUCCAAACCCUCCAUUGGUCUUAUCAAAUGAUGGGAAACUGACAACCAAAUAAACCAUGUUUACUGAAAAAUGAAG